CAAAGCUCAGGGAGAAGCUGCAGCUGAGCCCAGCAGCAGAUCCACGGAAUGGACACCGACAGCGAAGCAGCGCCCAUGCAGACCCCCAGAGGAAAGGGCCGAGUGUCGGGUACGGGCAGGCAUGAUAUGCUCGAUGGCGAAGCUUUGGAGAAUCCAGACACUGACAUUGGCUUUUGUGGCUGGCUGUUGGUGGGCUUCUCCCUCCUGCUCAUGGUGCUUACCCUUCCCAUCUCCAUAUGGAUGUGCAUUAAGAUUGUGAAGGAGUAUGAACGAGCCAUCAUCUUUCGCCUGGGCCGCAUUUUGCGAGGAGGAGCCAAAGGACCAGGGUUGUUCUUCAUCCUGCCCUGCACUGACAGCUUCAUUAACGUGGACAUGCGCACAAUCACCUUCGAUAUCCCUCCACAAGAGGUUUUGACCAAAGACUCUGUGACUGUGAGUGUGGAUGGUGUGGUGUACUACCGGGUGCAGAACGCCACUCUGGCCGUGGCUAACAUCACCAAUGCCGACGCCGCCACCCGACUGCUCGCCCAGACCACGCUGAGGAACGUCCUGGGAACCAAGAACCUGGCGGAGAUCCUGUCUGACCGUGAAGAGAUCGCACACAGCAUGCAGUCGACCCUGGAUGAUGCAACAGAUGACUGGGGGAUCAAGGUGGAGCGGGUGGAGAUCAAAGACGUCAAGCUGCCCCAACAGCUCCAGAGAGCGAUGGCGGCUGAGGCGGAGGCCAGUCGCGAGGCCAGAGCCAAGGUGAUCGCGGCGGAGGGAGAGAUGAACGCCUCCCGGGCUCUGAAGGAAGCUUCCCUGGUGAUCGCUGAGUCUCCGUCUGCCCUGCAGCUGCGCUACCUUCAGACCCUCAGCACCAUCGCCGCCGAGAAGAACUCCACCAUCAUCUUCCCGCUGCCAAUGGAGAUGAUGCAAGCCUUCAUGAAACGCUGAGGAGUUCUUUGUACCCGUCGGUCAUACUCGCACAUCAUUCACACAUGAUCAUAUUUAGGCCCUGUAUCCAGUUCAGGAAGUUGUGAUUUUGGCUGAGGAACCACCAAGCUUUGCUGAAAAGAUCCACACUUGUGACCGAACCUUCUUUGCAUUUAAACACACCACAAAGCCUAUAGUCGAUCGCCAACAAACACACAGGUGUAGUUCCACCUCUCUGGUGAUUAGUAACCAGGACCAUUCUCAAGCCUGUGGGUCUUGGGUCAUUUGGUUCCAAACCGCCAUUUCUGCAGAAAAUUAUUCUUUUAGAUCUGUCAAAGAUCUUCAGCAGAUGAGGGGAAGUUAAAAAAUUGAAAUGUAACUUGUGUCACAUGUUGGCUCAGAUCUGACCAAGCGUCGCUGUACAGUAUUUUAAAACGGUUAUUGUGAACGACCCGAACCACAGCAGGUGGUUUAGCUUUUAUCCUGCAGGUUCCUCUGACUGUCAAAACAGAGGCAGGAAGUACAAACCUUUCAUCAUCCCUUUCUCAAACACUUUAAAGGAAAGUGCCAGCUGGAUAUGCAGCUUUACAACUGUGCACACACACACACACACACAUACACAUCCUUGUAUUUAUUUAACUAAUAUCCCCUGUUGACAUGGCACUACUACAACCACUGCCAGUUUCUUCGUGCCAUUAUUAUUUUCCCAAUAUCCAUCUGAGGGCUCUAAUGGCUUUACUGCCAAUCCUCAGAAACCUACCUCUGGUUUUAGGCUGUUCCCUGUGCCAUGACAUGUUUUCACAGAAUUUCAAAGUAAAAUGGUUCAAACACGAACCGGUACUUUAUUUAUUCCGCAAAUGUUUAGGCUUCAACAAGGAGAGUGUUGUGAAUACAGUAUGUGUAUGAAUGCAUGAACACAUUCAACUGUUUGAAUUGAAAUGUAUCAAAUACUACUGUUAAUAAGUAUAAAAUGUAUUAAAUGAGUUUAGAAAGAAUAGGCCAGCGAUAUAGAAAUAGAACUGCAGGAACUCACGCCAGCACAUAGUGUCAUUACUGUCAUCUCACAUUACAAACUGAAGAGCUGGCUGAUGGGUCACAUAGAUUCCUACUGGUUUGCAGGCUUGAUGUUGCUGCCUGGUAUAUGUUUACAGUUCACUUUCUAUUCAUACACAGUCUAUGUAACGUUCAGGUUGCUGGACAAAAUACAAACACUUCAUAUUUACAUAAAUUUCCAUCUUCGUCAGCCACAUGCGUAUUCCUACCCCCUCGUCAGGCUUCAGUCUGCUCAGGAUGAAGCAGCGACUGACAUUUAAUGCAAAUCUUUCAGCCAAAGGCCUUAACUUACUGCCAUCACUUCAUUUUACAGUCUAAAAUCUCACUUCUAUGCACUGUGACGAGAACACUAUGAUUUUAUGACUGCAUGUUUGUUUUUUAAACAGCAGCAUCUUGUCUCUUUCCUUCUUUCUGGGUGCAACACGCCAAGUAAUAUGCAGUUCUUAUAUGCUUCCUCCUCCUGACAUAUAGAUAACAGGAGGGUUGUGAAUGUACAUUGCAGUGUUUAGUCCAUGUCUCACUUAGUAGUGUAAACAUAUAUAUAUAUACAUAUAUAAAUGCAUUCAAGUUAAGUCUGUUAUAUUUUUCAGGGCUCAACAUUAACACUUGUCCACUUGUCCAGGACGAGCGUUAUUCUUAAUUCUUUAUUUUUGUAGAGGAGAAUAUUUGACGUGUCCUACUGGACAAGUUAAAAGUCACAACAAUGAUAAAUACCCGGUGUCAUAAGGUUUUUGUGCGACUCAUUACUCAGUUUUAAAUGAACAUCUGUUACAUUCAGAAUAUAGAUUUAGAAUAGGUUCUGUUGAAAAAGCAGUAAAUGUUCUGUCUGAGGAAAUAAUCUGCGUUGAUCUGAUGGAAAGAUCGUUAAAAGAAGUAAUGGCUCGAGAUUCAAUAGAACUUACUGAUAAAAUGAAUCACCUAUAAAUGUAUAAGCGUAUAAAUGUGACUCAACAUUUUAGAGAAAAUAUUUACACAAAGAUAUUAACAAAUUGGCAAAUCACCUAAACAAUGUUUUACAAAAGAUUAAUGUCCCUCAAACAUCAUAUUCACCUAAUUUUAACUGUCUAGGUCCAAAGUUUGUCCAAACGGGACGAGUGUCUUGUGUUGAUGUGGAGCCCUGGUUUGCUGUGACUUGUUUUUAGGUUUCAAGUUUGUCUCAGCUUGAUCCAUGUUCAAUGUGCAUUGAUCUGUUCCAUUUAUUCAUCUAUUUCUUGUGGAAUACAAAAGCCUGUUAGUGUUUUACUAAAGUAAGUUCUAUCUGUUCAAUUUAUUGCUGCAACUGAGACAAAUUAUUAAACUACAGCUACGUAGAAUAUUAACUUUUUAUUUUUUGAUGAAUUGAAGCUGUUAUUGGUCAGGUUCACUCACAGCAUGACCACAAAGCCGCUUCUCUUCUUCUGUCUCUGACUUCUCAUCUUUUUUGUGUUUUUUUUAAUAUAGUUUAUUUAGCAUCCAUGUAACAAGGUAUUCCACAAAAACAAAUACAGAGAAAGAACCAAAAACAAUGCUCAUGUUUUCUGUUGUUUUUGUUGCCUUAGAUAAGAUUCCCAUAAGGUUCCUCUUGACAUAUCUGGUAAUAAACAAUAAUUUUAUAUUCAAUCAUAA